CUGAGAUCAAUCCUUCCUUCCUUUCUUCCACAAAUCCAUUUUUCUUUUUUUUCACACAGUGAAUAUGGUUACUGAAGGAUUAAAAUCAUUCAACAAAAGAAAGCGAUCGCAUUUUUAUCGUAAACCAACAGAUGUUGAGUACACGGCCCUCGCCCUCCUUAAGCUUUCACGCUGCGACGAUGCUUACUGGACCCGUCCAGCCAACACGGUGGAAUGGAGGAAGCCGGCCCCAACGACCACCAUUGGAAUCUAUGCUUCAGCCUCCGUCAAUGUCAUGAAUGGUAUUGAAAAUUAUCCUCCGCCGGCCCAGAAACAUGAGUCCCACCAAGCACUCGGUGGCCACGAAACAAGCCACCGUGAUUGUUCUCAGUUCGCCACCACUACUUGUCCAACCAUCAGUCAAGCCGCCGCUGAAAUCAGAGAAGACGAAAAUCCCGCCGUCGCUAGCACUAGUGAAAGAACAAAGUCCGCUUUAGCCUCCAUCGGUGAUGACAAGAAAUCGACGGACCCCUUUUAUUAUCCUUCAGUCAUAGCCUCUUCGGUGGACCGGAAACAUGAGUCGCACGAAUGUGACAUGUGCGGCAAGUGUUUUCUCUCGUACCAAGCACUCGGCGGCCACAAAACCAGCCACCGCGAUAGGGCUCAAUUCGCCGCCACAACUACAAUCACCAACGCCUCUAAUGUCUCUCAUCUCAAUCCAAGCGGUAGGAUUCACGAAUGCAACAAAUGUUACAAGAAUUUUUCCACUGGCCAGGCUCUGGGUGGCCACAUGCGGCGGCACUAUGCAGGCGUGAUCAGCAGCAGCGGCAAGAAAACCACUGUCAUCACAUCCGACGUCGGCGCCUCCAGCCACUGCAACAGCAACGGGCACUUGGCUCACGACUUUGACUUGAACCUCCCUGCCUUACCAGACGAUGAAAGUCCUAAUCCUUGAAGAAACAGCGUUUGGAUGAAUGAACUGUUUUACAUAAAUUGAAUGUUUUCUGGUGUAAUGGUGUUGUUCCUUUUUUCAUUUUUUUGGUAUUUUUUCUAACGAAAUAUUUUUGUGGUUCUUGUUGGUGGUGGUGCAAAAAAUAGUUAUAACUCUUCAGAUCGA